AAACCGGACGGAAUAUCAACCCGACUUAGAUUCGUGUGUCACGCGUAUGUUGUGUAAUCAAAAAAAAAAGAAGAUAUAAAAAUAAAAAUAUAACACAAAAUAAAAUCUGAAAUACACAUGAAAACUCAAAAAUCAAGAAAUUAAGAAUUUGUUUUUUUGGAUUCCUUUGAAAAACUCAACUUCAGCAGAGACAAAAAAAUAAUACAAAAAUAACACUUCUAAUCUCCAAUAUCACGGUAUAGCAGUUCAAAUUUAUCAAUAUGAGUCAAAAUCCUAGUAAAAAUCCGAAUAUGAGUGGGAAACUUAGAAACACUACAAAUAUAACGUCAAAUCCAAAUGCAUGCCCACAAGUUCGCGGUCGUGCUGUUAACCGUCAAUUCCGUUUAAUAUCCAGAACAGGCGCACAUGAAAACGAGGAAGAUGUGCCUACAAACGCACCUCCAGCAAUACUAAAUAUUGUGGUUCCCAGUCAUAUUGGUAGUGAAACGUCGGUGGUGAGCUCGCGGACAAACGCUGCCGCCUUGAAUGUGGUAACAAAAUCUUCGCUACCGUCAGCUAUAUCAGAUGCACGUGAUUAUGACUACGAUUCGCAGUAUCCCGAAAUAGAUGAAUGGAUCGAAAAAUCUCAUUCAUCAAUUAGAUCAUCGACAAAAAAGUGCCAAUCGAAGACAUUGAAAACUGAAAAGCACUUCUCUAAGGAAGAGACUUUAGACUCUCGACCACUAGCACCGAAAUCCUGUCCACCAUGUAAAAGCCCCCAACAUGAUGUGAACUUUUUGAAACAGCGACUUGUUCAAUAUCGUGCUGAAACAGAGAGCUGUGGCGAUGCAGCUAAAUUGAAUGGACAACUGAAUGAAAUAUUUGUGCGACGCUUGGUCGACAUUGAAAAUGUGGCGAAAGGCGAUAUGGAUGUCAAGCUGACUACUUACCAAGAAUGGGUGAAUCUCUUACUGCAAAUAAAUGAAACUAUCAUUGGUAAUAUGACAGAUCUAGAGAGUGAAGUAGCAGAGCGACUGGAAUGCAUGAAACGGCGGAUUCAAUCGAGUUGCAGUCAAACAAGUAAUAACGAGCAAAAAUAUCGCCAAGAUAUUUGCUCACUAAUGAAGCUCCUUAAAAAUGCCUAUCAAUAUGAUAAUUGGGACAUCCAGGGGCUUGAAUUUCAAACUGUUAAUCUAAACGAGAUUUUGGGUACCCGAAAUACGACUUGCUCUGACCCGGAACGUCCAAGGAAUACGAGGCAUGAUUACUACGACGACGACCAGGAAUCGCGAAAUCGGUGUUGUCUUAAUGAGCCGGAAUGUGUAUUGGAAAAUGUCAUCUUUGAACCUCCUGAUGCACGGUGUGGCCGAAAAGUUCAACCUACUGAAAUGACGGACUGUACCAGCAGUUGUGUUAAUGAUUGUAAUGCCAAAUGUUCGGAAGAAGUACUAGAAAAACCGUCUUGCUCUAACGUGGAGAUUAACACAGAUUAUUCCUUGGAACCACGAACUAAGACCUCUUGUGUGAGUCAGGAUAACAACAAUGCCAAUUUACGUGCUCUGGCAGUGGAAGUAGCCGCAAAACAUGAUGAGAUAUGUGACUUAAGGCGUCAAAUCGCUUGUUUAGAGGAUGAAAUUCAAAAGGCGCAGCAAAAGAUACAAUUAAAGGAUAAUGUUAUAAAUCACUUACGAAACGAUUUGAAAUAUGUCAAUACUAAGCUAACACCUAACGACGGCUCGAGCCUUUGUGGUGGAUGUGGCGGUGAAUUGACCGACUACAGUAUGCCACCGAUUAACGUAGACCAUCAAUCAACACCAAGCACUUCAACACAGGUCUCUGCUGGGCAGGAGUCAUGCAAUCAGUUACAGUUUGUUGCCGAUUGUUUAAGUAGCGCCAGUAAUGUGGAGCAGCAGAAGUUAAAAGCUCUGGAUGUGGAACUAAAUGAACUUUUCCAAGUGACACAUGAGUUCAAAAGCCAAAAUCUAGAAUAUCAUCGGAAGCGGUUAUCAGACAUUUUACAGAAAUCGGAAGCCGAAAAGGCAGAAGCUUAUCGCAAGUUAGACUCAAUACGCAAACAACUUAUCAGUAUUGAAAUUUCAAGCGGUAAACAAUCUAAAAACUCUUUUAAUGACUCUGAUUCGGGGUUUAGUUCAAAAUGUGAUAGCGAUCAGGAUGCAAAGAUUUUGGAUACUUUACGUAAUCGCCUUCAAAGGUUAAAGGAAAAUAAUUUUGAAUUGCAAGGCCGUGUACAAGCACUUAAAAUCGAAAAUAAUGCAGAAUACCAGACAUGUUUGAAAACCGAGCAGACAUUUGCGCAACGAAACAGUAAUACUUUAAAGGAUUUGGCCGAUAUGCUAUGCGGAAUGUCAGGCGAACAAUUUUGCUACAAUGAUAUUUAUAACACAAACUCAGACUCGAAUCCCUUCUGCAAAGCCAUCAUAAAAAUGAAAUGCGAAUACGAGGAGAAAGAACGAAAGCUAAUGAAUAAUUUAUCAAUGAAAUGCGAACAGCUCGCCGAACUACAGAAAUCGCUACUUUGCAAUGAACAUGAUCUGGAACAAUUACACCACAGCGCUCAGUUGUCAGACGAUCAUUCACACGGAAGACAAUUUGAAAAACCCUUUCAAAUAUGGGAUAGAACACAUGUGCUUUCGGCAUAUGACAGUUAUUUGAACAUUGUGAAUGAAUUGAAAAACGAACUCACGUCCCUCUCCCAACAAGUAGCUAUGGUACAGAAAGAAUUUUCUGAACCCUCCUCGCGUGAUGAGGUUGGCGGCGCAAAGCUCGAGUCUACACUGAAAAUCUUGGAAUCUCAAAAUGACAUAUUGCAACACGCACUGGAACAAGUAUCACACGACAGCCAUAAACAUUGUUACGAACUAAAUCAAAGUAAUGAAAAUCUACGCUGCCAAGUGCAACAUUUGCAGUGUACAAUUUUGGAAAAGGAGCAACACAUAGGUAAACUAAAUAAUUUGCUGGAGAAAUUACAAUGUGACCAACAACAGCACCAACAUCGCACCAACGAGUGCUGUCUGCAAGCAAAAGAUAAUGAGAUAAGGGAGAUAUCUCAAAAGUUGGACCAAGCCAAUAAAAAGGUGGAAUCGCUUAUGGGUGAAUUAGAGCGCAGUCAAAAACAGGAGCGUUUUCUGCUUUGUGAAACAAGAAAACUUAACGAGGAAUUGAAUGAAAGCAAACGAAAGCAUGGUGAUCUCAGCGUGCAAAUGCAUCGGUUGAAUGCAUUACUGAAGUCCCAAAAUGAUUGUCGAAGUGAUAUUUGUAAAAAAUACGAGGAACUGGAACGAAAUUAUGAAGAUCAGGCGAAGCAAUUACGAGCUGCAUGUACACAAAUGAAUUGUCUGCAGGAUCGUUUGGCACUAAUGGACAAGCGUCAAGAGGAGCAUAACAUGGAACGUAAUCUUUUAAGAGAUGAAGUGCUGGCCUUAAAAGAAAAAGAGGCGACAUUAUUAAACAAAGAACGAUGUCAAACGGAUCAGUUAAUGAAGAUCGAAAAGGAGUUAUAUACGGCGCACGAUGUAAUGAAAGAACAGCAGCGUAUCAUGCAGCGUAGUGAGUCCACGCAAAGAGACUGCACAAAAAGACUUCAAGAGGCGAACAAUGAACUAAAGCGGCAGUUCAAUAAACUCUGUGAUGACUAUAAGCAGCUCGAAAAUGAAUAUAGGAAACAGUGCGACCUUCGUAAGCAGAAUGAAAAGGUUAUUGAUUCCUUUAGGAAAUGGAAAGAGGCACAGCUGAAAGCCGAUGAUGCUACCAGAGCGAGUUUCAAACAAUAUGAGGAACACAUAAAACUUUUACUGGAGGAAAAACAAAAAUUCUUAGAGCAAUAUCGAAGUCUGCAUGGAGACUACUGUGCGCUGCAGCAUGAAUUAGAGAGAAUUAAGAUGUGUAGCUACAGCUUCAACAAUUCCGGAACAGGUUCCAAAAUGUCGGAAAAUUCGAUGCCACAACGUAUAGAACUAAUACGCAGCACAUCCCUACGCGUUUCACAGAAGAGCAGCUCUUUAAAAUGCGAUGACACAUCGCAGGAAGCCUCUGGGUCGAAUCCCCUGUGAGGUCAAACGCCAUGUGCGGCCAAGUAUUAAAGUACAGUAACUGAGAAAAUGUAGUGUAUCCUGCGAAUAACAGCAUUUUCACCUAACAUUCACGACCGCCUACAUACUCGUAUGUACAUACACAUACAUAUGUACAUGUUUGCAGUGAAUAGUGAAUGCUCUGUGUGGGCGCUAAACGACAAUGUUGAUGAUGUGAAUCACAUGUAAAAUACCUUCUAUAUAUUCAUUUGAGUAUAUUAAAUAAUUGUGUUCUAAGUUGACUUUAUAUCUAACAAAAAAAAAUGUAUGUAUAUGUAUA